AUGGAAGGAAGUCUCAACUUAGUAGCUGAUGCAAUUGAAAGAGCUGAACAAGACGGGAAAAAACUGUUAGAGAAGACUCAUCACUCACAAACUCACAAAUUAACUGUGGAAAUCCCAUCCACGUUGCUAGCUACUUUCUCAAAUUCUCAUCCGACUUCCAAAAUUGAUGCAAAUAAAGGGGAAAUAUCGAGAAAGAGUUCUAUCAAAGAAGAUGAUGACAUUGUUAUUUCAAGUGAUGAUGAUGAUAUCACCUUUAGCAUCAUGAGGAAGAAGAUGUAUUUGAAGAAAAAAUCAACUUUCAAGAAGAUAUCACUGUUGAAAAACAUUAAAAAGGAGAAGAAUUAA